AUGUCUUCUGUUUCCGCGACUACUCAACAAGGACCUGUCGAGGCUCGCUCGCUCUCGUCGAUCACCGCCAUCGCCUCUAACCCCCCCGCUUAUCCACGCAAUCCCACCCACGAGAAGCAUGAUCCCCUGCAACUAUACAUUGUGAGGGUGCCCGGCAGUCAAGACAUAUUCCUCUCUCCCGUCAAACCACCCACCAAAUCCAGCGUCUCUGCCGAGGCUAUUAAUGCAUCCCUAUAUUAUCUCCAUGCCUCGACACCCGAAGACGAUGCGCUACUACAGGAAGUCGAGCUCGAGCGCGAGAAACAGCUACACCGACGCAAGGAGGGACUAGAGGCGGCUAGUAUAGAUGAUCCCACUCACCGAGAUCUUGCUCGUCUGAACAAUGUCCGUCGGAAACCUGUCGGUGGAGAACGAGAGCCGUCAGGUCAGGAGAAUACCGCUAUAUCUAUGGCUGUGACUGCGCCUGCGUUGGCGCAAGAAAAUGUUGCCCCUCCACGAGUACCCCGCCGGCCGGUGCCUGGGCCGCAAGUCUCGGCGGAGAAUGUGUCUUUUGUCGGGACGCCAGUUUCAAAUGUACAGCCAGAGGUGAUGAGUGAACGGAGACAGGGCUCGGCGGACUCAAUGGGCAAUCCGGUUCCAAGACGGCCGCUGCCUCCAGUGCCUCCUAACGAGGAGCCACUCAUUUACGACGCCUUCAGCGGCGACGAUCAUCCAAGAAAGUCCAAUCGAUGGAGUGCGUUCAUGGACAAUGUCCAGGCCCGAGGCAAAGAAGUUUGGAAAGAAAAGUACGAGACCAUGUCCGCAGGUCGGCAUAGUCUAGAUGCCAACAGACCACAAUUACCGCCUCGCCCAUCACACGAUAGCUCUCGCUCGCCGAAUCGAAGCCCCGGGCAAUCUCCCACCCGCCGGGCAAAAUCACAUCAAGCUUCUCGCGGCAAUGCUGGAUUUCAUCUCACUCUUAUCCGACGUGAUCCUGCGUCGGGCACGCAAUGGAAUGUCGCUACGAUAUCUACGCCUCGGUUGGACCGUAAUACCGUUGAUAUCGAGAUCUCGACGCCUGGAUAUAAUCGAUUCGCCGGAUCUAAUGAACCGCUGUCCCUGGCAAGUCUGGCUGCUAAUCUUCCCCCGGAAAUGUUGAAAUCAGCAGGAUCAUCCCUAGCAGCAUCGUUAGGGCUUGAGAAGCCCACUGAGAAACAACCGCAGACGAAAACACAACCACAGCCGUCCGGACCACGCAAAUUCCACCGUCAACUCUGCGUCUCGAGGCAAUUUGAAGACCCCAGCGGAGGUAUUCGCAGCACUCUCGACUCUGGCAACGGCCAUGUUCCCGAGGGCUCGAAGUUGAAGAGUGGUUACUACGUCUUCAACUCCCCGUGGAACGGCACAUGCACCUUCUCCUCCAGCGUCAACGGCCGCAGUCUCAAAUGCAAGCAUAUGAUCUCUGCACCUGGAAACGCGCCACCCGGCGAUAACGACUCUAAUCCAGCAGUGACCGUCGCCGAGAUUCGCUUCAACACACCAUUCCAAGCCGCCAACCUACACUUCCACGCCUCCCAACGCCAACAUCAACAACACCAACCACACCAUCACACCCACACCCAUUACUCCCAAACCUCCAACCCAACCGCAACCCCAACCUCCCCCCGCCACAAUCCCGACCCCUCAAACCCCGACACCGUACCCAAACGAAACUCCCUCUCCCAAUUCCUCAACCCAAACAACCUCUCCCGACCCCGCGCCCACUCCGGCCCGAAUACCCCCUACACUCCCGACACCACCACCCCAAGCACACGCACACCCUUCAGUCCAACAAACCUCAUCCGCCGCACCUCCCUCCGAACCGCACGUUUCUCUCGCCACGCCGAUUUCCGCCACCAAUACCCGGCGGCACCGCCGCGUCCGCGCCGUAGCACGAGCACGAGCAGCGGGGGUCAGGACUCGGAUGAGGAUCGCUUGGACUUUUCGCUGGCCAGGGAGUUGGCCGGUGGUGGGAUGAGGGGGAAGAGCGCUAAGUUGGGGAAAUUGGUGGUUGAGGAUGAGGGGAUUAAGAUGUUGGAUUUGGUUGUUGCGGCUUGUAUGGCUGUUUGGUGGAGGGGGUAUUAUCAUUGA